GCUUCCGCGAAUAAGAAAUUGACAGACAAAGCUGUGCAAAACAGCGGCGAUAGCAAAGAAGGCUAGAUAGCUAACCCAACAAAUACAUGUCUCACUCGUCCAGAAUAGCUUAUCUAAUAUUUAUUCAGAUCUAUAACGAUGCACGGCUUAUACAAUUGUAAACGAGGUUGUUUUAAGAUUGAGUAAAUGUCUACUAGCCAGUUAAGGCGGAGCGUACUGUACAAAUCUAACUUUAGUGGAAUUCCAGCUUCACAGCCAACACCAUCGACGACGACGUAAAAAAUAAACAAACAAACAACAAUAUUUAACAUAGCUAAAUAUCAGCAGCAUGGAUACGAAUGUGCAGAAGAGACGUGAGAACAAGAAAUCACUGCGUGUAAAAGUGAUCAGCCUUGGCAAUGCCGAGGUGGGCAAGAGCUGCAUCAUCAAGCGAUACUGUGAGAAGAGGUUUGUGCCCAAGUAUCUGGCCACCAUAGGGAUUGACUAUGGGGUCACCAAAGUCCAGGUGCGUGACCGGGAGAUCAAAGUGAACAUCUUUGACAUGGCAGGACACCCAUUCUUCUACGAGGUUCGUAAUGAGUUCUAUAAGGACAGCCAGGGAGUGGUGUUGGUGUACGACGUAGGUCUGAGGGAGAGUUUUGAUGCGCUGGACAACUGGCUGAGUGAGAUGAAACAGGAGAUGGGUUCCCAGGCUAACAUGGAGAGCAUCGUUUUUGUCGUCUGUGCCAACAAGGUGGACCUGACUAAGCGUCGUGUGGUAGACGAGGGAGAGGGUAGGCUGUGGGCAGAGUCAAGAGGGUUCCACUACUUUGAGACGUCAGCACAGAGCGGAGAGGGUAUCAGUGAGAUGUUUCAGGCGUUUUUCUCCUCCAUAACGGACAUGUGUGAGAACGGCGGGAAGCGACCGGUGGCAGAGGUCAGUGUCGGCUUCACCAAGGAGCAGGCCGACACCAUCCGACGCAUACGGAACAGCAAGGACUCCUGGGAUAUGCUGGGGGUCAAACCUGGAGCCACACGGGAAGAGGUUAACAAGGCAUACAGGAAGCUGGCUGUGCUGCUCCAUCCGGAUAAGUGCGUUGCCCCGGGCAGCGAGGAUGCUUUCAAGGCCGUGGUGAAUGCUCGCACCUCCCUGCUCAAGAACAUCAAGUAGACGCCAGCUAGGGACUGCUCACCCUGACCCCUAACCCCUCGCCAUGUUUCCUCGUCUAAUACCACCUCACCUUCAGAACAUCAUCAGCUUCUCUACCCCCUCCCAAACCCCAAAACCAACCCUUCCCCCUUCUCUGCUCUCCACCCCCCCCCCCUCCUCUCACACCAGAUGCCAUGACAUUUUGCUACAACAGAGUUUUAUAAAGUCACUACUGAUGAUGUGCCACAGCAAAUCAGUCUCUCUGUACGGAUCAAUCUAUCAAUGCUUUACACAGUAGUCUUUCACACACUUGAGAGAGAAGUCACUGGAAGACUGGGUGUGUCAUCUGCUUGGUCAGUUGUGUUUUCUCUGGUCCAGAGCCUUCAAGCGGCUUGUUGACCUCUCCUGUUUUAAGGAAGGCUCAGCAUCAGCAAGCCACACGUAUCGCCCUGGACAAGAGCUAUAUAUGUGUACACGUAACGCCCUGGACAAGAGCUAUAUAUGUGUAAACAUGAAUGGUUGGUUGUCGUAAGGGGUGGUUGUCAGAAGGGGUGGUUGUCAGAAGGGGUGGUUGUCGUAAGGGGUGGUUGUCGUAAGGGGUGGUUGUCGUAAGGGGUGGUUGUCGUAAGGGGUGGUUGUCGUAAAGGGGUGGUUGUCAGAAGGUGGGUAAUGUGUCUGGGUUGAUGCUUGUGAUCUAAUGAUCUUACUGGGGGUCUCUGACUCUCUGGGCAAGCUGAUCCCGUAGACAUGAACGAGUACGUACUUAUAUCCAUACUUAACCAGUGUCAUACAUCCCUACUAUGCCCUCUGAACAUGCUUACCCCAGCCAGCCCCAUACAGUAGACCUUGUUGGGGUUCAUUCCUUGUUAAUCAUUGGCUCAUUGGUGAAAUUAGCAUUCAGACAAUAUCUUUAAGUAAAUAAUUUAUUAAUGCAAUUUCAGACAGGAAGUUGACAACGGGAACAUGGCACCCAUGUUUCCGAGUAAGUUCUGCAAAAUAGAAAAGGUGCCAAGUUGCUUUUAUCAUGCUUGUAGUCAACCCCCUGUGAUGUAACUGCCUACGUCAUUACCUUCUACUCAUGAGACCAAAACCAUGCCCACACAGCUAUAUAAACAAGAGUUGUAGUGUUAUCUAAAAGCUUAGCAGUAAAUGUCCAAGUUGAUUUAUAGUGGAAUGUCUAACUCGUCUCUUACAUCUCUUACACAACCCUGCAGAGUUCUGUCUCAGUCACACAUCUCUCAGACCGUUUCUUUAUAAGAGGCAGAGACUAAAAACGACUGGAACAAUAUUAAACCUCUGUAAUGAAUAUAUAUUGUUAAUCUGUAGUCUAGGACCCUAUAAAUGUAAGGAGGGAGGAGUCUUAUAGCCCCUCCCCUUCUAUUAAUAAUACAACAUAAGCAUAAUCAAUUAUUAUAAUACAUCAAACAUUUGGUACAGCCCCUAUCAUGACCCCUAGGUGAACCCCUGACAACCUCAGUGUACUGAGUGUACUGAGGGGUAUGAAAACUAGCAGAGAUGGGGAAACUACAACACACUAACCUCUAAGCAAGUGUCAGGGUCAUACGUACAGUACCAGUCAAAAGGUGGGACACACGUACUCAUUAAAGUUUUUUUUUUAAACGUAAAAAACGUAAAACGUAUUAAAAAAAAAGGACUUUUCUACAUCAUAGAAUCAUAUUGAAGACAUCAAAACUAUGAAAUAAUAUGUGGAAUCAUGUAGCCAAAAAAAGUGUUAAACAAAUCAAAAUAUAUUUUCGAUUUUCGAUUCUUCAAAGUAGCCGACCUUUGCCUUGAUGACAGCCUUGCACACUCUUGGCAUUCUCUCAACCAGCUUCACCUGGAAUGCUUUUCCCAACAGCCUUGAAGGAGUUCCCACAUAUGCUGAGCACUUGUUGGCUGCUUUUCCUUCACUCUGCGGUCCAACUCAUCCUAAACCAUCUCAUUUGGGUUGAGGUCGGGUGAUUGUGGAGGCCAGGUAAUCUGAUGCAGCACUCCAUCACUCUCCUUCUUGGUCAAAUAGCCCUUACACAGCCUGGAGGUGUGUUGCGUCAUUGUCCUUUUGAAAAACAAACGAUAGUUCCACUAAGCACAAACAAGAUGGGAUGGCGUAUCACUGCAGGAUACUGUGGUAGCCAUGCUGGUUAAGUGUGCCUUGAAUUCAAAAUAAAUCACUGACAGUGUCACCAGCAAAGCACCAUCACACCUCCUCCUCCAUGCUUCACGGUGGGAACCACACAUGCGGAGAUCAUCCGUUCACCUACUCUGCGUCUCACAAAGACACGGCGUUCGGAACCAAAAAUCGCACAUUUUGACUCGUCAGACCAAAGGCCAGAUGUCCACCGGUCUCAUGUCCAUUGCUCGUGUUUCUUGGCCCAAGCAAGUCUCUUCUACUUAUUGAUGUCCUAUAGUAGUGGUUUCUAGCCAGUUUCAUCAUAGUGCUUGAUGUUUUUUGCGACUGGUAUUGAAGAAACUUUCAAAGUUCUUGAAAUUUCCCGGAUUGACAUUAAAGUAAUGACUGUCCUUUCUCUUUGCUUACUUGAGCUAUUCUUGCCAUAAUAUGGACUUAGUCUUUUACCAAAUAGGGCUAUCGUCUGUAUACCGUAUCAAAUCAAACUUUAUUUGUCACAUGUGCCGAAUACAACAAGUGUAGACUUUACCGUGAAAAUGCUUUACUUACAAGCCCUUAUUAACCAACAGUGCAGUUCAAGAAGAAAAUAUUUACCAAGUAGACUGAAAUGUAAGGCAAUAAUAAAAAAAGAACACAAUAAGAAUAACAAUAACGAGUCUAUAUACAGGAAGCACCGGUACCGAGUCAUUUUCCCGGGGUAAAGGCUGUUGAUGUAAUCUGUAUGAAGUGACUAUGCAUAGGUAACAUACAAACAGCGAGUAACAGUAGUGUACAAAAGUGUGUGUGUGUGUGUGUGUGUGGGGGGGGGGGGGGGGGGUCAAUGUAAUUUGUCCGGUGGUGAUUUAAUGAAUCGUUCAGCGGUCUUAUGGGUAGAAGCUGUUGAGGAGCCUUUUGGUCAUAGACUUGGUGCUCCGGUACCGCUUGCCGUGCGAUAGCAGAGAAAACAAAUAUAAAAUGUAUUUUGAUUUGUUUAACACUUUUUUGGUUACUACAUGAUUCCAUAUGUGCUAUUUCAUAGUUUUGAUGUCUUCACUGUUAUUCUAUGAUAUAUAAAAUAGUAAAACCUGAAGAAAAACCCUUGAAUGAGUCGGUGUGUCCAGACCUUUGACUGGUUCUGUAUAUCCACCAUCACCCUCUACGGAACCCCAGGUCUCACUACUGUCCUCUACGGAACCCCAGGUCUCACUACUGUCCUCUACGGAACCCCAGGUCUCACUACUGUCCUCUACGGAACCCCAGGUCUCACUACUGUCCUCUACGGAACCCCAGGUCUCACUACUGUCCACUACGGAACCCCAGGUCUCACUACUGUCCACUACAGAACCCCAGGUCUCACUACUGUCCACUACAGAACCCCAGGUCUCACUACUGUCCACUACAGAACCCCAGGUCUCACUACUGUCCUCUACGGAACCCCAGGUCUCACUACUGUCCUCUACGGAACCCCAGGUCUCACUACUGUCCUCUACGGAACCCCAGGUCUCACUACUGUCCACUACGGAACCCCAGGUCUCACUACUGUCCACUACAGAACCCCAGGUCUCACUACUGUCCACUACAGAACCCCAGGUCUCACUACUGUCCACUACAGAACCCCAGGUCUCACUACUGUCCACUACAGAACCCCAGGUCUCACUACUGUCCACUACAGAACCCCAGGUCUCACUACUGUCCACUACAGAACCCCAGGUCUCACUACUGUCCACUACAGAACCCCAGGUCUCACUACUGUCCACUACAGAACCCCAGGUCUCACUACUGUCCACUACAGAACCCCAGGUCUCACUACUGUCCACUACAGAACCCCAGGUCUCACUACUGUCCACUACAGAACCCCAGGUCUCACUACUGUCCACUACAGAACCCCAGGUCUCACUACUGUCCACUACAAAACCCCAGGUAUCACUACUGUCCACUACAGAACCCCAGGUCUCACUACUGUCCACUACAAAACCCCAGGUAUCACUACUGUCCACUACAGAACCCCAGGUCUCACUACUGUCCACUACAGAACCCCAGGUCUCACUACUGUCCACUACAGAACCCCAGGUCUCACUACUGUCCACUACAGAACCCCAGGUCUCACUACUGUCCACUACAGAACCCCAGGUCUCACUACUGUCCACUACAGAACCCCAGGUCUCACUACUGUCCACUACAGAACCCCAGUUCUCACUACUGUCCACUACAGAACCCCAGGUCUCACUACUGUCCACUACAGAACCCCAGGUCUCACUACUGUCCACUACAGAACCCCAGGUCUCACUACUGUCCACUACAGAACCCCAGUUCUCACUACUGUCCACUACAGAACCCCAGGUCUCACUACUGUCCACUACAGAACCCCAGGUCUCACUACUGUCCACUACAGAACCCCAGGUCUCACUACUGUCCACUACAGAACCCCGGGUCUCACUACUGUCCACUACAGAACCCCAGGUCUCACUACUGUCCACUACAGAACCCCAGGUCUCACUACUGUCCACUACAGAACCCCGGGUCUCACUACUGUCCACUACAGAACCCCAGGUCUCACUACUGUCCACUACAGAACCCCAGGUCUCACUACUGUCCACUACAGAACCCCUGUUCUCACUACUAGAAUCUGAUUUAGUAGCGAACAUUGUCGAGAUGUGGCAUGUAUAUGAAAUCCAUACUAUUUAUAUACUACACCAAACCAAGCCCGUUGCCAAAUCCCAGUAGUUAUAGACAGUUUGUUAUACCAGUCUGGAUAAUCAGUCAUACUGGAAGAUAUCACAAUAUUCACAAUAUUCAUCCACUGAAAGGUUUACUAUAUAUUUUCAUAUUCAUAUAUUGUUUUAGAUUAUGAUUUUUUAUUUAUUUAUAUAUAUAUAUAUAUAUAUAUAUAAUGAAUAUCAUUACACCGCCUUCAAACGAGUACUGAAAUGUCUCGCCGGUGACCUCAUAGCUUACAGAGCACCUUACUGGUGGAUAGAGCUGUGACAUCAGCAGGACCAACCUCAACAGUGGUGUUUUACGUGAAGAAGAAGAUGGUCAUAGAAAUAGAGUCUAUAGAAGGGUCCUAGAGCCUCUAACCCUAUUAACUUGAAUGGUGGAAGCCUAUUUCUAUAGUUAUGAGAACCUGGGACAUGACAAACGUACUAGUACGUGACAAAGCAUAUUCAAUGACUUACUCUGUUCUAUUAUUAUUGUGUGUAUAUAUAUUUAUUUUUUUGAAAGUUAUACUUGAAAAUGGCAUGAUGUAAUUUACUCAUCAAAGUUGUUUAACUUGUAAAAAAAAAUAGUAAGAUUGAGAACUUGUAAAAGUGAGUAGGUUAACUUAGUGAAUGUGCUUUUUGUGAUACAUCCUUUUUGUUUUUAUAGACACACAAGAAUAAAUGAAAGAAUUCUAUUCAUUUAGUUUUUAUUAAAAGGCAAGAGGUGUUUGUUUACUGUUCCCAUUGUGCCAAGUGACUGACAUAUUAAGGUACACAUCUGAAAAUAUAGAAUCUGAUUUAGGCCAAGCAGAGAGAACUGUAUUUAAAGACAUGCUCCGGUACUUUGGCGACUAGUAAGUUUAAAAACAUUUUUUUUUUUUACCUCUCGCUUUGUGCUGGAUGUGUCAAUGUGCAGUUCCAUACAUGCAGAAUUACAUUACAUUACAUUACAUUUCACCUCAAUUAGACACUAAAAUCCCUCGUUUGAAAGCGACUGUUUUGCAGGUUGGGCCCAUUAGCAGAGAGCGAGAGAGAAGCAGAGAGAGAGAGAGGCAGAGAGAGAGAGAGAGAGAGGCAGAGAGAGAGAGAAGCAGAGAGAGGGAGGCAGAGCGAGAGA